CGUUGGAGGGCGCCCGCUCAGCUGGGAACGCAACGGCGCAUGCUCAGUUCUUCCCCAAGCUACCGGGAAACGACGAGGGCGGGCCAUGGCAGCGGCGGGCGGCGGGAUCUGGGCGCUGUGGUUGCGGGGACUGACCUGGGGCAGGGCCGCUGCCCGCUGCGCAGGGUCCGGGGCCGGCCGCGCCUCGCUGCUGCUGCGGUCUGCGGCUUGCAGACAGAAGUCAUCAAUCAGUUUCCUUAGUCGACCUGAUCGUCCAAAUCUAGCUUAUAAUAAGAUAAAAGGCAAGAACCCAGGUGUUGUCUUCCUCCCAGGCCUUAAUUCAAAUAUGAAUGGGCAGAAAGCAGUUGCACUCGAGGACUUCUGCAAAUCUCUCGGUCAUGCCUUUGUAAGAUUUGAUUAUACAGGAUGUGGAAGUUCGGAUGGUAAUCUUCAAGAGUGUACGGUUGGAAAGUGGAGGAAGGAUGUUUUGUCUGUACUGGAUGAACUCACAGAUGGACCACAGAUUCUAGUGGGAUCCAGCUUAGGUGGAUGGCUUAUGCUUCAUGCAGCAAUAGCUCGUCCAGAAAAGGUGGCUGCUUUAGUCGGAGUAGCUGUAGCUGCAGACUAUCUUGUAACAACUUUUAAACAACUUCCCCUUGAGGUCCAAAAAGAAAUAGAAGAAAAGGGUGAAUGGAAGCUGCCAACAAAACACAACGAGGAGGGGUUUUAUUGUUUGUCGUACGAGUUCAUUAAAGAAGCAGAAAACCACUGUCUCUUGAGUAAUCCUAUUCCUAUAACCUGCCCUAUAAAACUUAUCCAUGGCAUGAAGGAUGAAGAUGUCCCAUGGCAGGAUGCAAAGGUCACAAAAGAAAGGAAGUGGAGCUUUAACUUCUGUCUCCUUACCUCUGUUUUGUAAAUAAAGGUGUUUUCUUAAUGCUGCAUUUGCACAAAUGAUAGAAAAUGUGAAGAAAAUGCUGCUGUUUGUUGGAAAACUUUCCCUCACCUUGAUUUCCUGUGACUUUUUUUUAAAAAAGUUUCCUACACUAUUUUGUACUGAAAUAUGUUUACCUUUCUUACAUUUGUGCCAAGGGUUAAUGUUUGCUACUAUUAGAACUGUACAGUACAACUUAAUUUUUAAAUUCCUUUUGACAUCCUAAAAUAUUGUGCUUUAUGCUUUAACAUUUUUCCAUUUCUGAGUUCUGAAACUUGUGUCGGAGCCUUCCUACCCCAAGUAUGUACCUGAAAUGUUCAAUUAAACUAAUGCCCCUAGAAACAGAAUGGGGGAAAAUGCAGCAUAAUAAACCUGGCUUCAAAUAUAAAA